AUGCUGGUGAAGACGGGAGCCAUCAGUGCCAUCACAGCCGAGAACAAGAACUCCGGCUUCAAGCACUCACACACCCUGGAGGGGAAGCUCAAGAGAAAGUACAGCACGCUGAGGAAACAGAAGAAAGUGCUGCUGGCCUUCAAGAAGCAGAGUUCAGGAGCUCAGAGCAGCAAGGGAGGCAUCAAACGCUCGCUGUACGACCAGUCGCUGACCGACACAGCCACGACCACAGUGGAGGCCAAGAUGCUGGUGAAGACGGGAGCCAUCAGUGCCAUCACAGCCGAGAACAAGAACUCCGGCUUCAAGCGCUCACACACCCUGGAGGGGAAGCUCAAGGUGAGAGAGUGCACGUGGUAG